AAAUGGUCAUGCGCAGCCAUCUGUCUUCUCAAAUGCUGAAGCACAGCCAUUUUAUCCUCUCCUCUUCAUCCAUCGCAUCUUGCCCAUAUCCAACUCGCAAGAUGCCUCGUCGGGAGAUAAACAGGAAGGGAUCAGACGGCAACGCGGUGUGGGACAUGGGGAGCUCGCUGUACGACUCCUACGAGCUGGCCUCCGUGCAACGGAUCCUGGACAGGCACCUUGCUGGCCCGCCGUCCCCCAACGCCGACGAAUCCCGGAAGGGGUCCAUUGACACCGGAGCGCCGCCCAUGGUGACAGAGGGGAGGAACAAGCAGGCCGUCGUGGUGUUUGGGGCCCGCAGGAAGGUGACGCUGAGGGCUCUCUUCAGGGGAGUGGCCUCGUGGGCGGUCAGGCCAAGGCAGCAGCGUGGUUGCUCUUGUGUCGGCGUAGCUCCGGCUUGAAGUACUAGUGCUGUUGGAUCUGAGCCGGUUGUCUGAAAUGGGAAUUUAUAAUUUGCGUUCUAUCAAUUGUUCGUCUUCUGAAAUGGAUCUUCUGUUCUUUUUUUUUUUACCAAGAAACGGAUCUUGUGUUCUGUUCUGUUCUUGCAUGUGUCCCUUGGUGUUUUUGGUUGGCUGUUUCAGUUUUAUGUGUAUAGUUUCUGUCUGUGUACGCUCAUGUUAAAUAAAGUUACCAAUAAAACCUUCUCGUGCAAGGUUAUGGUUGGAUUUGUUCAA